AUGAUUAUUCGACAUAUCUCCGGUAAAGAAAACACCACUGCUGAUGCUCUUUCUCGUUAUCCAGUUGAUAAACCCGACGUUAUCGAUGAUAAUGAACCACAUCUUAUUACCUCUUCAACUCAAACCGAUGACAUUUUCAUCAAUGCUGUUACAACACGUGCAAUGACCCGUAAACAACAAUUUUCUUCUAAUCCAUCAAUACAACAACCAUCGAAAUUAUGUCCACCUACUACAUCUGCAACGCCAGCAACAUCAUCAAUCAACGACAUUCAAAUUUUUUUCGAUAAUGAUACACUAGCUCAACACCAAAACGCAGCCCCUGAGAUACAACGAAUAAAAAAGAGCCACCGAUUACAUCCGAAUUACGUCAUUGACAAGUACAAUGUUCUUUUUAAAAUUGUGAAACGAAAAUCCGGACAACAACUUCAUCUUCGUUAUCUUCCAGCUUCUCUGAUAGUUAAAGUUUUAUCAGCUUAUCACAAUUCAACAUUUUGCGGUGCACAUUUCGGUGUUAAACGAACGUUUUACAAGAUACGUGAUCGUUUUUACUGGCCCAAUAUGUACAAAGAUAUUGUACAACAUAUUUCAUCUUGUAUUAAUUGUCGAAAAAAUAAACCUUCUCGUCGAAAGCCAGAUGGUCAUUUACAAUCAAUCGAACCCCCUCGUGGGGUCUGGGAACGUCUCGCAAUGGAUUAUGUUGGUCCAGUACCAGAAUCAAAAUCCGGUAAUAAAUAUUUUUUAGUUCUCACUGAUCUCUUUUCGAAGUUCGUGGUAACUAAACCCGUCCCGGAUAAUACUUCAACAACAGUCGCUCGAUUUUUAUUAUAUGGUGUUUUCAUGCUUUAUGGUGUUCCAUUAGAAAUCAUCACAGAUAAUGGUCGUCAUUUCACAUCAGCUUUAUAUGAAUCAUUAAUCAAACUCGUUGGUUGUUGCCACAUAAAAACUACGCCGUAUAAUCCUCAAGCCAAUGGUCAAUGUGAACGUCAUAAUGGUACACUAGUCCCUAAUCUAAUUGCACUUUCAAAUCAUUCUAGAUCUAAUUGGGAUGAAAAAUUAUUACCUACAACAUAUAAUUACAAUACAACUCGACAUGAUUCUACCGGUUAUACACCUUUCGAAUUAAUGUUUGCCCGUUCUCCUCGUUUUAUGUUCGAUUUCAUUUCGCCACCAUCAGUACCACUUACUACUGACACUUAUCGAAAAACAAUGCAACAAUUUAUGGAACAUACUCUACUUGCAGCUCGAAAUAAUAAUCUUCGUCAUCAACUUAAAGCUAAACAACGAUACGACAGCAAUCGUUCGAAUCCUCAAUAUUAUAUCGGUCAAAAUGUCAUUAUUCGAAAUCGUAGUCUAGCUAUGAACAAGUUUUCUUCGAAAUUCAUCGGUCCUUAUACGAUUGUUAAACAAGUCAACAACAAAACUUAUGUCGUUCAAAAUACUAAAAACAAUCAGCACACACGCAUCACCGUACAAGACCUUAGAUCAAUCUAG